GCGCUAGUCCAGGUUCGUCGGCUCGUCGAGUUCGGGUCUGGAUGGCACCAGCCAUGUCGCGAUGUCUAUCGCGUGCAAGCUGGGGAAGGAUAUAUUGUGUCGAGCAUGCCCUCGUUGUAGAAUCAUCAGCUCCACGGUUCUCCAGCCCCAUCACCACCUGAGCAUCUGCCUCAUUAGGACUUUUCGACCCUCAACCUUCUUCCCAUCUUUUCGUCCUACCACCUCCAUCAUGGUUUUUGGACUCGGUGGCUCCCAGGAACCUACUAUGGAGCAGGUCCACGAGCAACAGGCUCGUCGUCCCUCCACCGUUGAGGUCGUCAACGAGGAUGUCCGCCGCAAGAGCGUUGACAACCGUGUCGUCACUGGUGCUUCCCAAUUGACCACUCGUCAAUCUAUCGUUCCCGUCGCCUUGGUCACCCUCCUCUUCUUCCUCUGGGGGUUCGCCUACGGUCUUCUUGACGUCCUCAACUCCCGUUUCCAGGUUGCUCUGAACAUCUCUCAGGGAGAGUCUUCCGGUCUGCAGGCUGCCUACUUCGGCGCCUACUUCAUUGGCCCUCUCACCUACUCUGGUUGGUUCCUCCGCAAGUUUGGCUAUCGCUACACGUUCAUGCUCGGACUCAGCAUCUACUGCGUCGGUGCCCUCAUGUUCUGGCCUUCUGCUGUCAAGCGAAGCUUCGGUGGUUUCUGCGGCUCCAUGUUCAUUGUCGGCUCCGGUCUGUCUACUCUCGAGACCUCUGCCAAUCCCUACAUUGCUGUCUGCGGUCCUCCCAAGUGGGCUGAGUUCCGUCUUGAGCUUUCUCAGUCAUUCCAGGCUGUUGGCUCUGUUGUCGCUCCCGUCCUAGCAUCCUUCGUCAUCUUCAAGAAUGUUGGCGAGGAUGGCAAGUCUCUCUCCUCCGUCCAGUGGGUCUACCUUGGUAUCGCCAUCUUCGUCGGUAUCCUCGCUGUCGUCUUCUACUUCGCUCCCAUCCCUGAGAUCACCGACUCCGAUAUGGCCGACCAGGCUGAGAUGAUGACCUCCGCCACUGGAUACGUCGACAAGCCCCUCCGUAAGCAGUACACUCUCUUCUUCGGUGUCGCCGCUCAGUUCUGCUACGUUGGUGCCCAAGUUGGUAUCGCCUCCUUCUUCAUCAACUUCUUCACUCAGGCCCACCCCAACCUCAGCGUCACCGAUGCUCACCACCAGGGUGCCAACUACUACGCCAUUGCCCAGGCUCUCUUCGCUGUCGGUCGUUUCAGCGCUGCUGGAUUCAUGUACUUUGGUGUCAAGCCCCGCAUCGUCUUGCUUAUCUUCCAGUCUGCCAUCAUGAUCUUCCUCGCUGCCGCCAUCGGUGUUGAUACUGGUAGCGCUACUGCUCCCAACUGGGGCGGUCUUGCUCUUCUCAUGGUUGUACUCUUCUUCGAGUCCUGCAUCUUCCCCAUCAUCUUCGCUCUUACCCUACGUGGUCUCGGUCGCCACACCAAGCGUGGUGCUUCCUUCCUCGUUGCCUCCGUCUCCGGUGGUGCAGUCGUGCCCGUCAUCCUUGGCAACGUUGCCGACCGCAUCGGCACCCAGCGCGCCAUGGUCGUUCCCCUCGCCUUCUUCCUCAUCGCCUGGGCCUACCCUAUCUACCUCAACGUCUUCAAGCGCCACGAGCUCGAUGCUUACACCGAGUCCGAGGUCGGUACAUCUGCCGAGGGCACCGUCGACUUCGACUCCAUCGUCGCCACCAAGGAUGUUGAGGCUGGUCGCUUCGAGCACAAGGCAUAAAUGCCUACCUACAGAAUUUGAUAUUUGAGGAGUUUGGUGGUCGGACAGAAUGAUACCUGGAACGAACGUGGAGGAUUGUAUCUGGAUCAAUAGACUCCUCGUAGCCGGAGGGAGUCUUGUAUAUAGACCGGCUUUGCACAUACGCUACUCAUACCCCACGAAUUCUACGCUUUACGAAUGAGAAUGCCUUAUUAUCACCUG